AUGGAGUCUGAAGCGGCCACCCUGCUGAGCGCGCUGAAGAAGCCGUCGACCAACGUCGAACAGCGACUGGCUCUCUUCACCACCCUCAAGUCGAGCAUUAAACACAACCGCGUGCCAGAGGAGUGCCAGGCGACCAUCUUCGAAUGUAUCCGCCUCGCCAUUACCGCUGCCACCUCUGCCGCUCUCGUACAAACGGGCUUCUCAACACUCAGCCACUUCAUCAAGCGCCUCCAGCUGCAAAAGGAGACACAGGUCAUCACAGCUCAGUCGUCGGUGCUAUGCUCGAUAUUGGCGGACAAACUGGGCGAUGCGCGUGAAAGUCACCGCACCGCAGCGCUGCAGAUCCUGGCCGAUCUACACAAUCUGUGUCCGACCGAGGUGGACACGCUGAUACAUGAGGCUAUGAAAGGCAGCAAUGCGCGUGCCAAGGAUACUUCGAUGAGCUGGGUUGUCAAGAUGAACAAGAGCGAGGGUCUCCCCUUCAAAAGCUACUCCAACCAGCUGGUCGCAAAUCUCGAAGACGCGGAUGCAGGCGUACGCGACACCGCCAAGAAGGCAGUUGUAGAACUAUUCGGACACGCGCCAGAACACGCAAAAGCGAAUCUCAAAAAGCAACUCGUCGCCCUGAAUGUCCGCAAAGCCAUCGCGACUUACAUCACCUCACACCUCGACGCCGAAGCGAUAGCCAAGGACACAGAAAUGCCAGCAGCAACAGCAGCAGCACCGGCGUCAGCGCCAGCAUCACGACCCAUAUCCAAGCAGAGGGCAGAGGCUUUGCAGCCCGAUGUCGGAUUCGCAGAUGAAGCGCCCCCACCAACCGAGACCGUCGUGAUGGACCCCAUUCACAUAUAUACGCAGCGCGAGCUGGAAGAUGUCUUUAGGGAUAUGUUACCUUGCUACGAAGGCAGAGAGUCGGAGACCAACUGGCUGGCGCGAGACAAGAAUUGCACAAAACUAAGACGCAUACUGAAAGGAAAUGCACCUCACGAUUUCCACGCAGCUUUCAUCGCAGGUAUCAAGUCACUGCUCGAUGGCAUCUUAAAAGUUGCCAACACAUUGCGAACGACCAUGUCCACGAAUGGUUGUCUGCUGGUACAAGAACUUGCAAAGACACUUGGAUCAGCGAUUGACCCAUGGGUGGAAAUUCUGAUGCAGUCCUUCGUCAAAAUGUGUGCUGCUACCAAGAACAUCGCUGCCCAGAACGGAAAUGCCACAGUGGAGGUUAUCCUUCAGCAUGUUUCGUACAGCAGUCGACUGUUACAUCACGUCGUCAUGGCCUCACAAGACAAGAACGUUCAGCCGAGAACACAUUCAGCGAGUUGGGCUAAGACCUUGAUCCGCAAGCACAACUCGCACAUUGAGCACUCUGGUGGACUAGACUCGUUGGAUAAGCUCAUCAGGCGCGGUGUCACUGAUGCCAAUCCAAAGGUGCGAGAGGCUUACCGAAGCACCUAUUGGGUCUUCGCCUUGGUCUGGCCUCAACGGGGGGAGAUCAUCUUUGACACACUCGAGAAGCGCGAGAAGACAGCGCUUGAGAAAGACCCGAACAAUCCCAAUGCAUCCAUGGCUUCAUCGCAAACCAGCACAGCCUCUUUCUCCAAGUCUGUGGGUCCUGGUGCGAGCAGGAACGCCUUGAAAGAGAAGAUUGCUGAGCAGCGGAGGGCAAAAUUGGCGGCCGCUAAGGGUGUCCCUGAGCGACCCAACUCUGCUGCUGCAAGCUACACGCCAGCAAAAUCGCUGUCAUCCAAGUCUUUGGGUGCCGGGUCAAGGACGACGUCCACACUAUCGACUGCGCCCUCUGCAUCGCUACGGCCGCCCUCGGCAAUGGCUGGAGAGUCUACCAAGUCGGCCUUGAAGAGCUCUACCACUACAGGCUCCUUGAUGAGUGGAACAGUACGUCGACCAAUUCGCCGGCCUGAAAUCAACAGACCUGCGACAGCCGAUCCUUAUGCAGUACGGCGCGCAGCAGGUGGCAAAGCUACUCCAUCGAUGACCCCAGAGAAGACGCCGGCUGCCACAACAACGGCGAAGAAAGCAGCAGUACCGAAGAACACCGCCCGACCAAGAGCACAGACACAGAACAGCCCGACUGGAAGUCCCGCCCGGAGUAAGUCCCGGAUUGGACAACCUGUCGCGGGAAGCAAGGGCACUGGUGGAACCUCACGACAUGCGAGCCCGGCCGCAAGCCCAGCAAGAGACGAGGAGCUGACCAUGGUGAAGCCCUGGGUCCGAUCACAGAGUCAGCAUGAUCCAGCAACCAUUCCGUUCCGUCAACGCAAUGGACUCAACACGAGCCAAUUGGCGGAUAGUGAAGCCAUUGAAGACGACGAUAAUUUCACAAUGGUGAUCCCAAGCCUUGGACGCCCAAUGUCGCAAGCAGUACAACGUACCCCUCCUAAGCCCGCUCCGUCAGCCGGACGGCUACCUGUGCCCAGCCCGCGAGCUUCUUUGCUUAGGAGUCCAAAGUCCAUGGGACAUAUUGAAGGUUCUGGAUUUCGGUCAUCAACUCGUAGCCCACGUGUGAGAUCACCUGAUCGUCCAAGCACAAGGGGGACAGAUGCAGACGAAGUACAAGUGUACGAAGAUCCAUUCGUUGGUGAGGAGCCAGCGGCUGCGGAUCAAACAAGGGAGAAGCCCGUCCUCGAGGAACUGCCUAUCAAUGAGAAGAGUAAUGAACGGAGACAUAGCACUGAGAGCGCCUCGAGCGAUAUCAUCAUGGAUAAUGGAGGUGAAGAGCGCCCAAGAGGUCACCAGAAGACUGCCAGCACGGGAAGUGUCUUGUUCACCGAACGCGAAGAAACGCCGAAUGCGGAAGUUCUUAAGAAUCGCCAGCUCCUUGCGAGUGGUAUCAAGAAAAUCGAGGGCCGCACUGUGGAAGCCCACAUGUUCCGCCGCAUGCAAGACAUGGUCAAAUCCAACCAAGAAAUCUGGGGCCCCAACGAUGAAAACUUUGGCCGUCUCCUUCUCGCCUGCCUCGACUUCCUUGAAUUCCCCAUCCAAGAUCUAAAAGGCCCCCCACUCAAGGCAAUGAACCUCAAGGUACAAGCGCUGGCCACUAUCCGCGCUCUACUUGCCCUAUACCGCAAAGAAACCGCACAAUACUUUGGCCGCGUCUUGUGCGCCAUUUUACGAACCAAAGCCCAGUAUGAGAACACUUCGCACAUCGCCGUCGACCUCGAAGCCACGGCCGACGAAAUCGUCAAAUACGGCCAGACGACCGACUGCCUCAACGCCGUCCUCUCGCUCAUUGAAGCCACACCGCCCUCGUCCCCCUCCAGCUCACCCAACUCGCGCUCCAGCACAAACUCGCUCGCCUGCACAACAACAGCAGCAGCUACACGCACCACCACCAUGGCGCUCUCCACACUCGCCUCGCUCGUCGAAAUCAGCGGCGCUAAGAACGUCACGCUCUCGGCCGAGCAGACUUCCCGCCUAGGCAAACUAGCCGUCCGCUGCAUGGAUGACCCCGACGCGGAUGUCAGAAAGGCAGACAUUGAGUUUUGCGUGAAGCUGCAUGAGCGCAUUGCCAAGAAGGGGCCGGUGGACAGUAAAGAGGACGGCGGGUUUUGGAAGGCGGUUGCGGGGGCUAGUGAGCAGCAUUUGAAUCUCUUGACGUAUUACCUCGCCAAGAGGGGGGUUGCGUAG